GAGACAGUGCACUCUUUCCAAGCGUGGAUCACCUGAUUCACCGGAACGAAAGAGGGCGGUUCAUCGUUUGUCUGAUUUUGGGGACUGGUCGCACGUGCCGCCAAAACACUCGUCGUCACGAUUCAACGCGCCUCUUCCUUUGAUGGCAUUUCCGGCUUGAUAUCAGAGCGGCAACACACCUUUCAAACAACUGAACUGCACGUGCCUUCCUACGCUGCCAGAAGUUGUAGUUCCACUUCUGGUUGGCGUUCAAGUGAAAUACAAACAAGAAUGGAGCGUGAAUUCACCUUUAUUUCUGCUGUCCUCCUCGCCACAGCAGGAACAACAUCCGCUGUGGCUGGAGCCCGUUGCCACUUCUCCGACGUGGAUCUAGAUGCCCUCGUUUCCGACAUGCUGGACAAGAUGCCCGAGGAGUGGGCGAUGCAACCAGGUUUUACAAAGACACUCAUUCCGGGAGUCGAGAUUGGCGGCGCCAACGUCACAGGAUUGCACCUUCUGCGGCGCUACGGACCACUGCUACCUUACUGUGACAACGGGACCCGAAUGAUUCAUUUCGAUCUCGUUAACCGGGGAGGAGGCAUUCAGAUCUCGUUUCCGUGGCAAUUAUUUUGCUCGGGUAAUGGUGGUAUUGUUGGACUGGCGGUAGGUUUUACGAGAAUCACGGUCCCCCUUCGGAUUGACGGAUCGGGGACCGAUGCCAAGCUCUCGUUGGAAGGUCCCGUGACUCCUGUGGCCAUCGAAGGCAUUCACCUCAGGCUCACCGGCGCAGGAACCCAGUUGGAGGAAGCCUUUGCCAUGAUUGGCAAGCUCGCACCAACGCACCAACGUGAAGAGUGGAACCGCUUGUUUUUCACUACCAUGUAUGAUGUUUUCGGAAAGACUCUGGAUUAAAGCCUAUUA